UCAUACACGAGUAGAAGACUACACCUGCCAUUCCAACCCACAUUAGACAAAUUACACAGCAGCUCAAGUUUAGUGUAUAUAAACACUGUUAUCUGUAAAUAUAUUACCGAAGCAAAGAUAUUCCAGCAAGUGAAAACUGAAAAGCAAAACACAAAUGGAGGUUGAGAUAGUCUCAAGAGAGUGCGUCAAACCCUCUUCCCCAACACCUCACCACCUAAGAACUCAUAAAAUCUCUCUCCUUGAUCAAUAUGUCCCAAAUACUUAUGGCGCCCUUCUUCUUUUUUAUCCACCAAAUCAUCAACUCUCCGUCUUGAAGACAUUGCAAGUGUUGAAACAAUCUCUAUCGGAGACACUAACUCUUUACUAUCCCCUUGCUGGAAAGGGCAAGGGCAAUCUUUCCAUUGAUUGUAAUGACGAGGGGGCUUAUUACGUAGAGGCUCGAGUUACUUGCCAUUUGAGCGAUUAUCUCAAACAACCUGAUAUCUCAGCGAUCCUUAAAUUUAUGCCAGAGGAGAUUCUUGAUGAUAAAAUAACUCCAGGAGCUCAUACCUGUAUGGUACAAGUAACUAUGUUUGCUUGUGGUGGUGUCGCCAUAGCCAUUCUUACACCACACAUUUUGCUAGAUGGAACUGCUCUAAAUGUAUUUGUCAAAACCUGGGCUAGAAUGGCAAUAGGAGGUGGAGGAGCAUAUCAAUCACCCGAUUUCAGUGCCUCGGUUAUCUUUCCUCAAAACAAUGCGUUCCCUCAAGAUUUAACCAGUCAAGGUCUAUUGAGUGAAUUGGUUAGAAAGGGCAAGCCUACUCUAAGGAGGUUUGUAUUUGAUGGGCAAGUUAUAAGCAAAUUUAAGACCCAAGCAACUAGUUACGGCAUUCAGAACCCGACUCGUGUGGAGGUUGUCUCAGCAUUUCUCUAUAAUCGCGUCAUGUCUGCAUUAAGGAAGGAAAAAUCAGGGGCCCUAAAGUCUGCUAUUGUAGCAAAUUCUGUAAAUUUGCGGCGAAGGGCUUCCCCGCCAUUCGCGGAAACUUGCGUGGGGAAUUUUUUGUCGCUAAUGGGCUUUAUAUUAAAAGGAGAAGAAACAGAUUUGGUUAGCUUCGUGCGCAAGAAGAGGGAAGCACUAUCGAGGGUCGAUGGUGAUCUUGUGAAGAGCUUCCAAGGUGAUCAAGGGUUGCGAAAUUAUUGUGAGGACAUGGGAAAGUUUCGUGAAUUAAAUUCUAAGGCUGUCUCCGACGGAGCGGAACAAAUAUUUUUUAAUAGCUGGUGUAAUAUGGGGAUGUACGAUGCUGAUUAUGGAUGGGGAAAACCUUUAUGGGUUCCAUUUCUUCCUAUGGUCCGACCGUUUCCAGUAUCCUGGAUCCAGCUCAUGGACACAAGGCGUGGUAGUGGAAUUGAGGCAUGGUUGAUGUUGGAUGAACCAGUCAUGUCUGUGCUUGAGCAUGACAAGUUACUUCUUUCUGCAGCAGCCUCAUUAGAUCCAAGUCCUCUGCAAAUCGGUUCACCAAAGUCAAGUCUUUGAUUUCACCGUAAUUUGUUAUUGCAGCGUGUUUUGUUUUGUUUUUAAUUUUUUCCAUUUCUACGAAAGAGAUUAUGCCGAGUAUACCUUCUGCUUCUUCC